AUAAUCACAUUGACUCUUGUUGCUGCCCACGCGGCGUUUAUCUUGAAAGGUGUUGCCGGAAGUGUGUGUGCAUAUGUGUCGCUCCACCGGUCCGGUCUCUCUCGGAGCUGCGGCUCAUUCCUCCGCCCGUUGUUGGACGCACACGCACGCGCACGCCUUCCGCCGAGCUCAGUCGCGGUUGCUGGGCCAUGGCCUUCGUCGUUUGUCGGGUCCAGUACCUGGAGGACUCGGAUCCGUUCGUCUGCACCAACUUUCCCGAACCUCGCCGACCUCCUACGGUGCCCGUGGAGGAGAACCUGCCGCUCGGGGAGCAGAUCGCGGGGAUCCACAAGCUGCUGGAGGCGCCUCUCAAGUUGGAGGACUGCACCAUUCAGUUGUCUCCACAUGGAAACUAUCUGGACCUUGAAUUGUCUCUGGACGAGCAGAGAGAUGACCUGGAAAGCUUCUACCAAGACGUGACGAAAGGGAAGAAGCCCAUCAUGAUCCUGAGGACUCAGCUCUCCGUACGGGUCCACUGCAUUCUGGAGAAGCUGUAUAACUCCCAGGGUCCAGAACUCCGACGGGCCCUGUUCUCCCUCAAGCAGCUCUUCCAGGAUGAUAAAGACCUGGUUCCAGAGUUCGUGGCCUCUGAAGGUUUGACUUGUUUUGUCAAAGUCGGAGCGGAAGCGGACCACAACUACCAGAACUACAUCCUGAGAGCCCUCAGUCAGAUCAUGCUGUUCGUGGAUGGUAUGAAUGGAGUGAUCCACCACACGGAGACGAUCCGCUGGCUCUACGCUCUGACAGGAAGUCUGUCUCGUCUGGUGGUGAAGACCUCCCUGAAGCUCCUCAUUGUCUUUGUUGAGUAUUCAGAGACAAACGGUCCCCGACUCAUCGAGGCUGUGAACGCUGUGGACACACACAGAGGAAUGAAACCGUGGAGUUACCUGAUGGAGGUGCUGGAGGAGAGAAACGGUUCUGACACAGAGCUCCUUAUGUUUACCAUGACGCUCAUCAACAAGACCCUCUCCGUGCUCCCUGACCAGGACUCUUUCUACGAUGUGACGGACAGUCUGGAGCAGUUGGGUCUGGAGACCAUCAUCCACCGACACAUGAGCAGCGCAGACACACAACCAGACCUCAGGGCCCAGUUCACCACCUACGAGAUCUCUCUGAAGCACGAGGACGAGGAGCUGGAUGACUCCUCCCCUCACCCCCGCAAGGAGAGAAGAAAGGUGGCCACCAGCGAGCAGGAGGGACGGAGGAGUCGCUGCCUGUCCAGUCAGAACCUCCCGGGCCGCUCGUCGUCCUCGCCUGGCCCAUCGCCCUCCCCCACCACCUCCCCCACCCCCCCCGUCGUCCUCCCCACCCCAUCCCCCUACACCUCCCCCACCCCAUCCCCUUCCACCGCCCCCGCUGUCCUCUCCACCCCCCCCACUCCCUCCACUCCCCCCUCCACCUCCCCCACUCCCCCCGCUGUCCUCUCCACCCCCCCCACUCCCUCCACUCCCCCCUCCACCGCCCCCACCCCCCCCGUCGUCCUCCCCACCCCAUCCCCCACCCCAUCCCCUUCCACCACCCCCACUCCCCCCACCUUCUCCUUCCUCAGCCCCACUGUGGGGUUAGCAGGCAGCGCAUCAUCGUCCCCCCUGAACUCUGACCCUGGAUGCCCCGCCUCAAGUCUGUCCGGAUCCCACACAGGGUCUCCGCUGCCCCCCCGCACGCCCCCCAAUGGCGCUGUGACUGCGGAGCAGGAAUCUGGACCCCCGACCAGCUCAUGGGGUGCGGAGUGUUGCAGCUCUUCCUCAGACUUGCCUCCCCAGGAGAAGUUGAACCAGCAGCCCCUCAGCAUCAGCUCUUGGGAGGCUGACUCCCUCUUCUGCUCAGAUGACUCUAAUGUAAAUCCAGACAAGCCAGUUCUGAGGAGGUUUGAAAAACCCUUCUUGCGCACCUUAGCAGCCACUCAGUGGGAGAAGAAGAGAAGAAGCAAACACCUCAGCCAGUCCAGGCUGUCCUCGUCUGAUGACAUCACCCCUGGGGAGGAGGGCGGCAGCGUCCCGGUCGGAGAGCGACCUCCUCAGACAUCUACGUUCCAACAGCAGAGCAGCACUCUGUCCACCGACCAGAAGCUUCUGUUGGACAAGACGUCCAGCUCAGGACCUCUGAGCGCCGCUGCUGCUCCCAACACCACCGAAGAAGAAGCUCACUUCCUGCCCGGUGGAGAUCUGGGAGGACGUGGUCGUGUGUUGGAGCGUCUCUCCAACUUCACUACGCGCUCAGUGGAGCCGCCCAAUGAGAGCAGAGCAUCGCGCAGGGCGGAGCUAGAAGGGCUGGAAGGCUCCGCCCAGGCAGCACUGGCCCGCCUGGCAGAAGAACAACAGACCCGUCACCUUCGUCAGCAGAGCAGCGUGGACCUGGAGAGCAACACCCGCCGUCUGGAGAUGACCCCGAUCCCCCCCCUGGGUCCCGGAGGCCCGCCCGAUGCCUGGGACCAGCUGCAGCCCAACGCCGCCGCCUUGCGCAUCAAAGACCUGGAUUUCUCCGACCUGCUGGAUGAAGAGGACAUUGAUGUCCUGGACAUGGACUCCUUGUCCUCGUCCACCUCCUGCUUCUGUGGGGUCCCUCCUCCUCCUCCUCCUCCACUGGGCCUAGGUGUUCCUCCUCCUCCUCCUCCUCCUCCUCCUCCUCCUCCUCCUCCUCCACCGGGCCUAGGUGUUCCUCCUCCUCCUCCUCCUCCACCGGGCCUAGGUGUUCCUCCUCCUCCUCCUCCUCCACCGGGCCUAGGUGUUCCUCCUCCUCCUCCUCCUCCACCGGGCCUAGGUGUUCCUCCUCCUCCUCCUCCUCCACCGGGCCUAGGUGCUCCUCCUCCUCCUCCUCCUCCACCGGGCCUAGGUGCUCCUCCUCCUCCUCCUCUACCGGGGGAUCCACCCCCCCCUGCCUCUCCCCUCUCAGCUGCGUCCUCUCAGAAGAAGAAGACGGUGAAGUUGUUCUGGAGGGAGCUGAAGCAGGCCGACGGGCCUCAGCGGGGUUGCUUCGGUCGGGGGACGGUGUGGGCAUCACUGGACAAAGUCUCCGUGGACACCACCCGACUUGAACACCUGUUUGAGUCCAAGGCCAAGGAGAUGCCCGUUGCCAAGCAGAAAGGACCUGAGACAAAGAGGUCUGAGAUUCUGGUUCUGGACUCAAAGAGGAGCAACGCCAUCAACAUCGGUAUGACUGUGUUACCGGCCGUCCACGUCAUCAAGACCGCCAUCCUCAACUUUGACGAAUAUGCCAUCAGCAAGGAGGGUAUAGAGAAGAUCCUGACCAUGACCCCCACAGAGGAGGAGAAGCAAAAGAUCCAGGACGCUCAGCUGGCCAAUCCUGAGGUCCCUCUGGGGACAGCGGAGCAGUUCCUGCUGAGCCUGGCCUCCAUCAGUGCCCUGGCCCCCCGCCUGCAGCUCUGGGCCUUUAAACUGAACUAUGAGGCUCUGGAGAAGGAGAUCGCUGAGCCCCUGUUUGACCUGAAGCUGGGCAUGGAGCAGCUCUCGUCCAAUCAGACCUUCCGGAGGAUCCUAGCCACGCUGCUCGCCAUCGGGAACUUCCUCAACAGCUCAAACGCUAAAGGCUUUGAGCUGGGUUACCUGGAGAAGGUGGUGGAGGUGAAGGACACCGUCCAUCGUCAAUCCCUGCUGCACCACACCUGCAGCCUGCUGCUCGAAAAUUACCCAGAAUCCUCGGACGUGUAUUCGGAGGUCCCAGCCAUCACCCGCUCAGCUAAAGUGGACUUUGACCUGCUCUCAGAGAACCUGAUGCAACUGGAGAGACGCUGCAAAGCAUCAUGGGACAACCUGAAGGUGGUGACUAAACACGAGACAAAGGUGGUGCUGAAGAACAAGCUGACGGAGUUCCUUAAGGACUGUACACAGAGGAUCCUCAUCCUCAAGGUGGUCCACAGGAGGGUCAUCAACAGGUUCCACUCAUUCUUGCUGUUCCUGGGCCAGCCCUCCUCUUCCGUGAGGGACAUCAAAGUGACCAGCUUCUGCCGGAUCAUCAGCGAGUUCUCUCUGGAGUACCGCACCACCAGGGAGCGGGUCCUGACCCUCAAACAGAAACGGGCCGCUCACAGAGAGAGGACCAAGACACACGGCAAGAUGAUCACUGAGACGGAGAAGUUUUUGGGGGCGGUGCCUGGCGAGGAUGGCUCCUCCCCUGUCUCAGGAGAGGCGGGUCCAUGUCAGGAAGAGGAGCAUGAGAACAUGAAGAACCUGCUUAUCAGCACCGACAGUCUGAUGAUAGACCAGAAAGGCCUGAGACGGUCCAGAGUCGUCCGCAGUCCUGGGAGGGUGAGUCCGUCCCAGAUGUUUCGAGCCAAAGAAGAAGGCAUUGGCUCUGCUGACGACGCCACGGACGAGAUCAUGGACCGACUCGUCAAGUCGGUCACCCAGAACCCAUCGGACAGACCCUCCAGCCCUAAAGCCCGAAAGCGGUCCCGUCUGAACAGGAAGUCAAUGAGGCGGACUCUGAAGAGUGGACUCACUCUGGACGUGGUUCAGGCUCUGGGACUCAACAGCCAGACAGCAGACCAGGUCUGAUCACUGGAGACUGAUCCCCGACCAGCUGAGAGACACCAGGACAACCAGAGCCGACAUGUGUUUAUUAAUAAUACUGUUGACAUAGCAGACACAACAACACAACGACACGUCCCUUUUAGUUAUUUUGAUAAAACACUAUUUUCUUCUUCUUCAGUUUGAAAUGUGACCUCGGGUUCAUCCUGGUUUUACUUCACAUCCACACUCGAACUUGGAUCACAAAGUUUGACAAAAAUUCGAGCAGUUCUUAGAUGUUUUGAUCUGAACAAGAACUUUAUUUAUGAAAAAACCUUCUAAGACCAAGACGUUAAACGCAAACACACACUCAUUUAAGAGAAUUCAUAUUUGUAGAGAUGUUUCUUGUCACCAAAUCACUGGUGGGUUAUAAAGCGUUUGUUUAUUUAUCUCACAGGUUACUGGUUACUGGUUCUGGUUCGUUUUCUGAUGGUUUCCUCCUUCUUUCAGCGGCCUGCAGUUAAAAGUCUUCAGUUUUCAUUUGAAGCGCCAGAUAAACAUUUGACUGUUAUAAUAAAAUGGUUUUUAAUAAAGAAUGACAGGUUUUCAUUUGUUUCGGAAGCUUUGAAGAAAGAAAUGAUCUAUAAAAAGAUGUAUAGAUUAUAUUUUAUUAAAUGUGUAUACUUGACCAAUAAUAAAGAAUGAAUUCUAAUUGAUCAAUGUACUAUA